AUGGCGUUCUAUCAAAGAGCUUCUCCGGUUAAUUCUCUUCGAUAUACAACUCCUUACCUCGCAUUUCCAUCGCGCGGUGAGUCCUGGGAGAGCUUUCGUUCAAGGCUCACACAUGCCCAUCCAGACAACAGCGAUGUUAAAGUGCAGGAGAAAAAGCAAGCUACCCGUCAUACACAGCAAUAUUGGACCACGACAGAUGAUGGCAGCUGGUCAAGACACAUUGCAGACAAGGCGCCAUUCACGCUCUGGGACAACUCACAACAAGAUUUUCGCUACCCUACAAGUUCCGAGAAACAAUGGAUACUAGACACAUUCUCUGCAACUGGGCUAACUAUCUCAUGGCCAGAAAUCUUUAUCGAGACGCGUUCGCCCCCAGUUCCGGUGCCUUUAACGGUAGCUUGUGUCCCAUGUCUUUUUGUCCCACCAGACCACCCAGUGAACCCGCUAUCGGCAGAUAUCAGCUAUUGUAACCCGAGACUACCUGAUCCUAUCCCUGUGAAAUUCCAUUAUAGUAAAUGGGGCAAACCAUCAAUAGAGGAGUACCAAGUGGUAUUCCAUAAGCUCAAGGAUAUGAUGAAUAUUAAGUCAAUCGGCUUUGUUCAUUCUAUAAUUAUAGUUGAACUUGGAGCUGAUGAUGGACGGGUGUACGAAAGGAGAUCGCUCCCAGGGAGAGUCGCGAAUCAUCUCAUAUUAUACCACCAUAGCCAAACACCUUUCUGGGACCUUAAGGUCCAAGGGCGAGAGCGCGUGAUUAAACCAACCGCCAGUCUCCAUGAUAUGACAAAUUAUCUUUCAACAGAACUACACAGCUUAUGUCCUGGCGUUAGAGUAGAAAGUGGUACAACCUCUAUAGACGGAGGUUACCUUGAUACAACAAUAGCCACAACAGCAGGACAAAUAAGUGAACGUUUUACAGCUCUCGAUGUCGCCUUAGUCAAACUUCAUCCGUCGACAUCAUUUACAAAUAACGAAUACUUUGAGUCUCAACAACCUAAGAGACUUCUUCACUCCAGCGAGGUACCAAUCAAUACCUGGUGUACACUUGAUGGAAUGGUAAGUCGUUUGGUAUUUUUGAGAGUCGCCGGGAUUCAACUUUUCCCUUCUCCCCAGGUUCCGGGCAUUGAAGUUGAGUUUACCCGCUUCCAAACAGAAAAUAUAUACCGAUAUAUUGGUCCUGCUGGAAUGGAGGUUUGUUCCGGAAUAUGCGGUUCGCCUAUAGUGAUUGACGAAGAUGAAAGUAGAGGGGUGGUGGGCUUUUUCAAAUAG